GCCCGCCUAAAGGUCCCCAUAACAACGCUUCUGGCAACGCGGGGCUUACUUCCGGCAGCAAGGCGGUUAGAAGCAAAACGCAAACAAAAUCCGUUACUGACGCUAAGCACACAGGAUACCAGAGAUGAGCGGCUACAUCCAAAGACUGAAUGGUUGCAGAUAAUCCACUUCACCCCGGCGUGACUGGGACUCAGCUCUGCUGGCAUUGUGAUGGCAUCUGUCACGCCCUCGCUGUCAGCCCUGCAGAUUGUCUCCGUUUCAGGCCUUUCACUACCCCUUCCCGCCAUUGUGUUAAUUGCCGUGGCUGCCUAUCUGCUCCUUGUUUUGCUGAUCCUUUGGCUGCGCCAGUGCAUCCAGUCUCGAGGCCUGUGUCCCGCCAGCUGCGACUGUGAGAAGGCCUGCCGCUGUGGACUGUGCGACUGCUGCCUGGCUUGUGCUGAGCUCUGCGACUGUAAGAUGCCUUCCCUGAGGUCCUGCCUCAAUGGCCUUUGCCCCAGAUCUCCGGACUGCACCGACUGUUGCCCAGUUUGUGACUGUGCCUGCACCUUUCAGCCACCUGAUUGUGAGAGCUGCAACUGUCUGUGCUUUGAAAUCAAGAUGAGAUGAGCAGCGACACCCACACAUCCUGUAAAUACUGAUUUCCUUUUUAUAAGAAAAUUACUUUUUUAUAAAA